AUGUCUAGUGAAAACACCGGAACAGAGUUGGUAAAUAUGCCUCAGUCAGAGAUUCCUGGACAGGUGGCUCAAAAGAUACCUACAAAAGAUUUGGAGCCGGCACUGAUCACUGUGGAACAGAGUGCACAUAAAGAUGAUGGAAAUGAAAACAAAGCAUUUCAGGAGGAGGAGGCUGUUAAAACUCAAGAACACAAACCAAUGCUUACUUACAUGGAUUUUAUGCCAAAUUUUAUAUGUUCAGCUGCAGGACCAGAUGAAGCACCUACCUAUGCACGCUUUAGCUUUGUUGUUGACCAGGCUAACGAGUGGUUGAAAAUGAACAAGGAGUUCACUGUUUGGAAAUGUGAAACUGUCAGCUUCAAACUAAACGCCGAAGAUCAGUUUGACACUAAAGGAGUAUUACAUGCAGAAUCUUCAUAUGGAGUUAACAGAUAUGUAAUGGGACUAAGGCUGUGGUUGGUACCAAGAGUUUCUGACACCAUGCCUGUAGUCCAGAUUGGAUAUACAACAGCCAUUCCCGGAGAACCUUAUAUGGAUGAAGAUCAAGGUACACAAAUGAAGUGGGAGAAGACACAGGCCAUCAGCUCAGGGGGAGGUAACUCAGCACACGCCAUGUUAACAACAAUGGUAAACUCAAUUAUACCCCCUGGAACCAACAAUAAAGAAAAUAUUAAAGAAGAAAAGACCGUGGACCAGGAACAGACACCAGUGACUGAGUUUUCUAAUGAUGAUGAACCAUCAAAAAAGGACAAAGCAGCAGAGCAGCCUGAGACAGAGAGGAAAGACAUUGCUGCUCAUCUUUCUGAACCAACUCAUAGAGUGUCUGCAUCAUACUAUUCUACAAUGACCUCAACUGUUAAAGGACUAAACAAACAACUCACACGCAAACCUCUACCAGGUGUGAUAUUGAAUGUGGAGAACCUGACUCUGAGAGCAUCCUCUGAGCAGUCUAGGCCACAAAUUGUGAUGGAUCCCGAAUGUACAAGCUGGGCCGAGGUGGGCCGUAGGAACACUGUCUUUGUGUUUGCUAUCAGGAUUUUCUAUCUCAAAGGAAGAGAGGAAUUCUGCACCAUUGGUUAUCAUGAUGAACUCCCAGACAUGCGGAAGUCGGGGGCUACAAUUAAGUUUGGUCCUUUCAGCAAUGUAGUGUACAAGAUGGGAGCUUGGCUCAAACAUCAAAAGAAUAUCCGUGUGGUGAACAUGCAGAGUGUAGACAUACAGUGUAACCUGGACCAGACAAAUGUGUACCAAGUGAAAACUGAUGUUUCUGGCUUUAUGGAGACUGCUCACCUGAGCACCAGGUAUGCCAAGGUACUGCGUCUGUUUUAUGUGACAACAGCUAAGACAGAGAUGCCUCCUUAUACCUCUCUUCAACUGAAAACACGGCUGUUUGCCCCAGUUAGACGAGGAGAGAAGUCAUUUGAAUCCUUCCCAAAAACCAUGGAACGGGUCAUCAAGUGGCUGGACUAUCUGACAAUGCCACCGUUCUUUGUGGAGACUGUUGCCUAUCAGAUAUACACCCAGGGUAGUGGUCAGGCUGUUAUACCAGACAAAGUUGACUGUAGUGUGAACAGAAACUCCGGCCGUCACAUACUCAAUACCAUCAGACUGUAUAUGCCUUCAGAAUUUAUAGAACCACCACCAGAAAUUGCACCAGAUGUUGCUACUGUUGACCAAGGCUGGGGCUGUUCUAUUUCAUGA